AAGAAAGAAAGAAAGAAAGAAGAGAAGAGAGACCGAGAGAGAGUGUGAGAGAGAGAGCGAGAGCUAAAGAGCUAGAGAACGGAAUCCCCGAUGCGGCGGGGUGUCUCGCGCACGUAACGAGCGCAAAUGACGACUUCGAUGUUGCUCAGCUUCAACCCGCCUAUUGUGAAGCGGCUGCUAGGCUGGAAGAAGGCCGAGGGCGAGGACAAAUGGAGCGAGAAGGCCGUCAAGAGUCUCGUUAAGAAGUUGAAGAAGUCGGCGGGUCUCGAGGAACUCGAGAAGGCCAUUACCACGCAAAGCUGCAAUACCAAGUGCAUCACUAUACCGAGGCCUAGCCCGGGUGGUGUGGGCGACAACGGAGUCCAAGGUGUACGAGGUAAGGGUCUUCCCCACGUGAUCUAUUGUCGUCUCUGGCGUUGGCCAGAUUUACAAUCACACCACGAGCUAAGGGCGAUCGAGCAUUGUGAAUACGCUUUCACGCAAAAGAGGGACGAGGUUUGCGUCAAUCCUUAUCAUUAUCAACGAAUACAAACUCCAGCAACAGCAGCAACAACAACAGCAACCGAACAAUCCGUACCAAGGAAUGCAGAGUAUGCAGGCAACGAGUCCGGCGAGUGUUGGGAGUCUAGGAAGUGUACAGGGUUCACCUCAUCCAACGUCGGGGUCUAUGGAUCCUCCUGCUGAUACACCACCACCUGGAUAUAUCAGUGAAGACGGCGAUAAUAUGGAUCACAACGAUAAUAUGUCUUUGUCCCGCUUAUCACCAAGUCCUGUAGAUGCCCAACCCGUUAUGUACUGCGAGCCAGCUUUCUGGUGUUCAAUAAGUUAUUACGAGCUAAAUACAAGAGUAGGCGAGACGUUUCACGCCUCACAACCAAGUAUCACAGUGGAUGGUUUCACGGACCCAAGUAAUUCCGAACGCUUUUGUCUUGGUUUACUGUCGAACGUUAAUCGUAAUACCGUGGUGGAACAGACAAGACGACACAUCGGUAAAGGUGUCAGACUUUACUAUAUCGGUGGUGAAGUCUUUGCGGAGUGUCUCUCAGAUUCUAGCAUCUUCGUUCAAAGUCCAAAUUGCAAUCAACGUUAUGGUUGGCAUCCUGCAACCGUUUGCAAAAUACCACCCGGCUGUAAUUUGAAGAUCUUCAACAAUCAAGAAUUCGCGGCAUUGUUGUCGCAAUCUGUGUCGCAAGGUUUCGAAGCGGUAUAUCAAUUAACGCGUAUGUGUACGAUCAGAAUGAGUUUUGUUAAGGGUUGGGGCGCGGAAUAUCGAAGACAGACAGUAACUUCUACACCUUGUUGGAUCGAGUUACAUUUGAACGGUCCGUUGCAAUGGUUGGAUAGGGUACUCACGCAAAUGGGUUCGCCACGUUUACCAUGUUCAUCGAUGUCCUAAAAAAAAAAUCGGGUUAUUGAAAGAAAUAAAAACAAGGAAGAAACAAAAAUCAAGAAAGAAAGAAAGAAAGAAGGAAAUGAAGACAAAAAUAAUAAUAAGGAUGAUUACGAAGUUCGUUUUCUUAUCGUCUUGUUGUUAUCAUCGUCGUCGUCGUCGUCGUCGUCGUUGUUGUUAAUCGGGUCAGUUUUUCAUUUCCCUUUCACGUCAUCGAUAUAAUUAAAUAUGUAUCACCUCACAUUACCGGGAUUUACAACACAACACAGUGAGAACCAACGUAACAACAGCUAGUGUGAGACAAGAAAAAGAAGAAGAAAUAAGAAACGAAUAAAAGUCCCUGACAAAAUGAUAGCGCACGUGUAUUGUAUUUAAUUUAUAGAAGAAAAACUUUACAAUUUUUAUAAUAUAGUUAAUAGUGCAUAAAUUUCAUGACGCAAAAAGAAGGAUUCUGUUAAUAAACAAAUAGUUAAAGUUAGACUUUUAAUCCUUAACGGACCAAUGCCGCCAUACAAGCGGCAUGGCACUUUUACUUUACUGAGUUAUUAUAAUAAUUAUUCAUUUUAGGCUCUACAUAGUAUUGUAUGAUAGUUUUUUAUGUAGAAUUUGACGCUUUAAAAAGUAUAUUAAAAAAAAAGUUUUAUUCGCCAUUACAUUUGUUCCAUAUUUUGUUAAACUAUGCGGGGAAACAUUUUUUCAUACAAUGUAUAUUUUACGAGUUAUUUUGAAACGUCACGUUCCGUGAUUCACUCUGUAUAUAUUAAUAAAUUGUCUAAAAAAAUAUAUAUAUAUUUCUAAAAAAAUAUAAAUAUCUUCUUUUUUAUACUUGUAUAAAAACGUUCAGUACACAAUUUCUCUUCGUAUGAAAAAUAGCUUGGACCUGGUAGGAAGUAAAUUUGAAAUACUUCCGGACUGUUAAAGAUUAAAUUCAAAUAUUCUUUCUAUCUCGGUUUCACUCAAUUUCCUUUCACGACCUAUAUCGAUACUUAUUCGAACAAACGUAACAUUUGAUGUUGAUAGUUGAAGAAUAGAAUAUCAACACAAAGUUCAAGCGUGCUAUCAUUUCGCUUUUAGUAUUUGUAUCUUUCUUCUUCUGUUUUAUUCUGAUUCCUUCUUUUUAGCGUCGUGACAUUUGUAUAGUAUUUACUAUAUCUAGAAAUUCUAAGUUGUUCUAGAUAAAUUAAAGAUAGCAGAAUAUACGAGAGCUAUCAUUUUGUCUAGGAGUAAGAAAGGGAGAGUUAAAAUAUAUAUAAACAUAAAUAGUUUAUCUGCUAAAUAAAUACGUGAUACCGAAAAAUGGAAGUAACGAGAAAAAUCUACCUACGCCAAAAUAUGUACGCAUCAGGAGUACAUAGUCUGUUUUUGUGGUGAGGAAGAAGAAUAAGAAAGUAGAGCAGGCUCGAUUUGAAGAUCUGAGCAUAGCAACUAUAAAACAAUAACAAUAAUAAUAAUAAUAAUAAUAAUAAUAAUAAUAAUAAUAAUAAUA